CUUGAUAUUAACUCGAUAGUCAUGAUAUGAUAGGCUUAGAAAGAUAUUCUCCACAAAACAACCUCUGAAAUGUAAAAUUGAGAUAUCGAAUGGAACCCAAUACUUUGAGUUGUAUUUUGGGCAAGAACUCCAACAAAGAAACAUAACCCAGCUUCUGAUAUUCUUCUCCGCCUCAGCUUAGAACCCAUAACUCAACCAUGACGAUAGCUUCUCAGCUUCUGAUAUUCUUCUCCGCUCCUUUUGUGCAUUUGUGAGCACCCUCUGCGCUAGCACACAGGUUUAUAAGGCAACCUAAAUAUGAGCAUUUUAGUGAGCUUCAUAUGGCUAUUAAACUAUGUGGAAGCUCUAGCAGCAUGAGUUCUUAAAGGUAUCUGGUUUAGAAGAUCUCUCCAGGUGAGGAACUCCAAAGAUUUAGGGUCAUCAACAAUGCCCAACACCUGCAUUGGCAGAUUUACUGGAAUCCCUAAAACUCUUGCCCCCGUUCGCUGUGAAAGGAAGUUCAAAAUAAUUUUCAAAAGAAUAUUGUCCACAUGUGCAUUACCAGCGCGUCUUCCGCAAAGCUCAACUCUCAUUGACCCUCACCCGUCCUUAAUUUUGACCAGCUGCAUAGCUCCAUCUAAUGCUCCACAACGAUCCGCAGAGUGGUUUUCCCUUCGCAAGGACAAGUUGACCACAAGCACCUUCAGCACCGCCUUGGGAUUAUGGAAAGGAAAACGCCGCUAUGAGCUUUGGCACGAGAAGGUAUUUUCUCCCGAUGCUCUUCCCAUAGCUGAAUCUAGUAAACGUGCCAUGGAUUGGGGUGCACUCAUGGAAGAAGUGGCUAUACAACAAUACAAAAGCAUCACAGGGCGUGAAGUGGGCUCAUUGGGAUUUGCAUUGCAUUCAGAUGAUAAGUUUGACUGGGUCGGCGCGUCUCCCGACGGACUCUUACAAGCAGAAGGAGGAGGAGGAGGGGGGAUUUUGGAGGUGAAGUGUCCUUACAACAAGGGAAAGCCCGAAAAGGGUCUUCCGUGGUCAGCCAUGCCGUUCUACUACAUGCCACAAGUCCAAGGACAAAUGGAGAUCAUGAACCGAGAUUGGGCUGAUUUAUAUUGUUGGACACCUAACGGGAGCACAAUAUUUCGGGUGGGUAGAGACCGUGGUUAUUGGGAGUUGAUGUGUGGUAUAUUGUGGGAGUUUUGGUGGAAGAAUGUGGUUCCGGCUAGGGAAGCAUUGUUAUUGGGGAGGGAGGAGGAGGAGGUGAAGUCGUCGUACAUACCGACUUCAACUCACCAAAAGACAGGGCUUGUGAUCGCUAGAAGCUUGAAGUUGGCCAAAGAGGCUAGGUUGUGGUGCAGGGAUAUUGCUGGUCACACUGAGUUCCACCAAUGAUGAUUCACAUUUUACUCCUAAUAAAUACUACGUAUAUUUAAUGGCGUAAAGCAUGGAUUAUUAAACACACUGUUUUUAACUGAAAUUCUUGAGCGGAGAGAAUGGGGGAGCUCUGUUUAAAAGAGGCUCUUCUAGAGUUCUCUGAAACCUUUGGAUGUAUGAAAAUCAUAGCACCUAAGAAUUUAGGUAAUUACAUGCUAUUACAGGUUGUAGUUACUUCAUUGCUCAAGUGUAAAUAUUUGUCUACAUAUGUUCGCAGGCUGCAUAGUGCAUUCUACAUUUAUUUAUUCUACAAUUAUUUAAAAGCCAAUUCUGCAUUUAAA